UCAGAGCGGUCCGUGAAGGCCACACCGCGUCGUGGACGUUUGUGAUCAGAAACAGAGCUGCAGGUGAGUCUGCGCGCGGAGAGAACGACAGGAGCGGUGAAGAACAUGGAGAACAUGCAGUGUCAGGUGCUGAACAUGCAGCGGGUCCAGGCUCUGGAAGCUUGGCUGAAAACCACCAACACAAAUCUGACUCAGGUCAAUGGCCAGAGGAAGUAUGGAGGACCUCCUGAGGUGUGGGACGGCCCCCCCCCAGGAGUUCGAUGUGAGGUCUUCAUCAGUAAGAUCCCACGAGACACCUACGAGGACCUCCUGAUCCCCCUGUUCAGCUCUGUGGGCGAGCUGUGGGAGUUCCGGCUUAUGAUGAACUUCAGCGGUCAGAACCGCGGCUUUGCCUAUGCCAAAUACGGCACUGCAGCCAUGGCGUCCGACGCCAUCCGCCUGCUGAACGGCUACAUGCUGGAGCCCGGGUCCCACCUCAGCGUCCGCCGCAGCACGGAGAAAAAGAAACUCUUCAUCGGAGAUCUGCCGGCCGUCACCAAACAGGAGGAGCUGCUGCAGGUGCUGCGUGUGCUGGUGGAGGGGGUGGAGAGGGUGUCCCUGAAGGCCGGGGUGGGUAUAGAGGGGGUGUCCGCCAUCGUGGCCUUCAGCUCCCACCAUGCUGCUUCUAUGGCCAAGAAGGUUCUUUUGGAAGAAUUUAAGAAGAAGUUUUCUCUGAACGUCUCCAUCAAGUGGCACUCGGUGGAGAAGGUGAACCUGGAGGACCCACCGUGUCCUCAGAAAGCUCCCAGCAUCCUGCUGCCAUCGUCCCUGAAGCCUCCCUCAGCCCUGCCUCCACACCUGGCCCCCUCCCCAUCCGUCCCCCCAGGUUUCUGCAGAGCAGUGGGAGGACCCACGGCCCCCAAGCUGCCUUACCCCAGGCAUUCAUCCCCCUCCUCCUCCCAGGGCAAAAUGGUGCUUGCUGGGUGUCCGGUUCUGCUCCUCCAGAAGAUGUGUGAGGCAAAUGGAUUCGGCCAACCAGGCUAUGAGAUGUUCUACAGCCACGCUGGAUCAGAUGGAUUCCUCUAUUUCAAUUACAAGCUGCACAUCCAUGGGGCCCCCACCACAUUCGAGGGACUGGUUAUGAUCUUACCUGGGCCCAGUGCCAGCAACAUGCUGAAGGAGGCUGAGAGGGCUGCAGCCCAGCAGGUCCUGCAGAGAGUCUGCAACAACCAGCUGGCUGCCUGAACAGUUCUGGUUCUGCAGCUCUGACCGUCUGUUCACGUUCUGUGUUAAAUCUAAAACUCUGGUUUACUCUGCUUGUUUUUGUUCAUUUCUGCAUGUUUUUAGUAGAGUUGUAGUGAACUUGUCUUGUUUGGACUUCUGCAGUUUGUUUUAUGCAUGUUUUUUAUUAUAAUGUUCUGAGGUCCUCAUUUAAAUUAAAUAAGAUCUGAAAACGUU